CCCUGUGGGGGAGAGGUCGAGGCGGCACGGCUCGGCCUCCUUGCCCAUAAAGAGCGGCGGUCCCCGGGACGCGUCCGGCUUUCCCGCCUCGCCAUGGUGUGCUACUCCUGCAUCGCGGUUUGGAGCUGCGUCUUGGUCUCGCUCGCCUUCCUGAUCAAGCGCUGGAUCCGCGCCGACGGAGACCUCACGCUGCUCUGGGCGGAAUGGCGGGGCAAGAAACCCGAGAAAGAGCUGCCGGGGCAAGUGGUCUGGGUGACCGGCGCGUCCAGUGGAAUUGGAGAGGAACUCGUCUACCAGCUGGCGAAGAUUGGGUCCCUGCUUGUGCUCUCAGCAAGACGGGAGAAUGAACUGGAGAGGGUGAAGAAGAAGUGCCUUGAGAUCAGCAGCCUCGGGGACAAAGAUAUUCUCAUUGUGCCACUUGAUUUGACCAAGAGGAGUUCCCACGGUCCGGCGACACAGACUGUUCUUCAGCAUUUUGGGAGGAUUGACGUCUUGGUCAACAAUGGUGGUCGUUCCCAGCGUUCCCUCUUUGUGGACACCAGCAUUGACGUCUAUAACGCUAUAAUGGAGCUCAACUACCUGGGCACAGUGUCAUUAACAAAACACGUCCUGGAUCACAUGACACAGCGGAAGAAGGGGAAGAUCGUCACGAUAAGCAGUGUGAUGGGCAUCAUGGGAGCUCCAUUGGCUACUGGGUAUUGUGCCAGCAAGCACGCUCUGCAGGGUUUCUUUAACUCUCUCCGGCCGGAGCUUUAUCAAUAUCCUGGCAUAAGUAUAAUCAACAUCUGCCCGGGGCCUGUCCAGUCACAGAUCAUAGAAAAUGUCUUUACUGAAGAGAUCUCAAAGGUAAAUGCAAGUGUUGGGGACCAAUCCCACAAAAUGUCAACUGCCCGUUGUGCUCAGCUCACUCUGAUCAGCCUGGUGAACGACGUGAAGGAAGCCUGGAUCAGUGACAAUCCAUACCUGGCCGUCUGCUACCUCUGGCAAUAUGCACCGACCUGGGCAUGGUGGCUCUUGGAUAUCUUCGGCAAAAAGCGCAUCGAGAAUUUCAAGAGCGGAGUGGACGCUGAUGUUUCUUACUUCAAAAAGAGUUCCUAAGAAGACUUGUGUCCAUCUCCUUUGUUGCACCUCUGCCUGGCAUGAGGAGGAGAAAGGGGAAGCCCCCCUCUGCUUCAAAUAUACUUAUUUCUCUCUUUUUUAAAAAAAAACUACUUUGGCAAGAAAUGGAAGUUUUAUAAUGUGUAAUUUGACAAUAAGUAUCAUGUCUCUUCAAUCUGUUCCCUUCAAUAAAUUUCUAUAUAACGCUGA